UUGCACCGUAUAAGCUGAGCUGAUGUGUAAGUUAAUCAGUCACACAGUGAUGACAUGACGUUAAAAAGAUAGAACAUUCAACUCUAUAUUCCUAUUACUAGUAUUUUGCACCGUAUGAGUCACAAAACGAUAAGAGAUUACGAAAAUGGAGACGUCACUUGUGCUCCCGAUCGUUGAUAUUUCUUCACCGGACAAAAUCACCACUGCACGGUUGAUUCGCCGGGCAUGUGUGGAACAUGGGUUCUUCUAUGUUAAAAAUCAUGGCAUCCCGGAAGAAUUGAUGGAAGGGGUUUUCAGGGAGAGCAAAAGAUUCUUCAAUCUCCAACUAGAGGAUAAGAUGGAUUCACUACACCGUGAUUUUCUCGGUUAUACUCCACUGUAUGCUGAGAAACUCGACACGUCCUUGACCACCAUAGGCGAUUCCAAGGAAAGCUUUUUUCUUGGCUCUUCAGAAGGCGUUCGCGGUCAGCGUUACCCAAAUCAAUGGCCUUCUGAAAAUCUAUUGCCAUCAUGGAGGCAAACCAUGGAAUGUUAUUACAAGAAUGUCAUGUCCGUGGGUAGAAAGUUGCUCGGCUUGGUUGCCUUGGCAUUGGAUUUAGAUGAGGACUUCUUCAUUAAAAUUGGAGCCUUGAAUGAUCCUGCAGCAGUUGUUCGCCUCAUACGUUAUCCAGGUGAAGUGAAUUCGUCGGAUGUAGAAACAUAUGGUGCCUCAGCUCACUCGGAUUAUGUAACGGUCACUAUUCUUUUGACUGAUGAAGUUCCAGGACUUCAGGUUUGUAGAGACAAAUCGAAACAACCACGCAUUUGGGAAGAUGUCCCUAGACUCAGAGGGGCGUUUAUCGUCAACAUUGGUGAUUUGAUGGAGAGAUGGACCAAUGGAUUGUUCCGGUCUACGUUGCACAGAGUGAUGCCGGUGGGAAAAGAGCGCUACUCGGUGGCGUUCUUCUUAGAUCCCAAUCCAGAUUGUAAUGUAGAAUGCUUGAAGACUUGUUGCAGCGAAACUUCUCCUGCAAGAUUCCCGCCUAUUCUCGCCGGCGACUAUAUUAACGAGCGUUUCAGGAUAACCUACGCCACUUAGGGUAUGAAUGGUGACCAGGGAACGACGAGGAAUAAUGCAUUCCCUAACGUUCCUAAAAAAAAUUACUAUUCACAAGGAAUAAUAAUUUCCUCUCAUUCCCUUUCAUUCCCUUUUUUGUAGAGAAUUAAAGAACAAAAUUAUUCCUUGUCAAAUUUGAUAAGGAAUAAUCAUUCUUUUUCAUUCCUGGUAUUUUAUUCCCGUACAUUCUUUUUUUAUUUGUUUCUCUUGUUUCCCGGAUGGUCACCAGUCGGACCCUUAGCCUUAGUGACUUUUAUGAUUA